AUGUGUUCUACGCUUAUUGAAAUAAUAAAUAUCAAUCUGGAAGACUUCUCUGAGUCAUUUCUCACGUGCGCUACGUGUCUUUUAACCUAUGACCAAGACAAACGGAAAGCGAAAACACUACCAUGUUCACAUUCAGUUUGUCUCGAAUGUCUCGAAAAUAUGCAACGAUUGUCGCAGCAAAUCCCAGAAACUGGUGUUUUGCGUUGUCCAUUAUGUCGUGAAUUAGCAGUAAUACCAGCGGAUGGAGUUUCAUCAUUUCCAUCAUCAUUUCUUAUCAAUCAACUUCUCGAUUUAAUGCAAAAGCAACGACGUGACGUCGUGCCGAAUUGUUCUGUUCAUCAACAAGAACAAUUACUUUAUUGCGAACUUUGUGAUCUUGUCUUUUGCUUUUUAUGCGAUAAUCCAUUAACACGAUCAUGUGCUGAUCACACGGUUGUACCAUUUUCCAUCGCCAUCAAGCGAAUGUCUGAAAUUGUUGUAUUUAAAGCGAAACAGUGUAUUGCUAAUUUAAAUAUAGCUGCGGCAAAUGUUGAUUGUGAAACGAAGCAACUCGACCGAAAUGUCGACCAUAUAGUCGAUGAUCUCAAUUCAUCAUUUCAAGAAAUUUCACAAUUGGUUGAAAAUCGUCGUCGUGAACUGAUUGAUAGUGUUCGAAUUAUGAGAGAUGAGAAACGAAAAGUCUUACGAGAUCAAAUGGAACUGAUAGAUUCUCAUCGUAAAAGACUAGAACGUGAACUUGGAAAUUGCCAGAUCGAUGUAAGAGAUAUGGGAUCUCGCACUAAAAGAGUUGCGGCUGCUACUGAAGAAGCAUUGAAUUUAUUGGAACCUCGAGAAAAUGCUUUUUUAAAGCUUCAUACUGAAACAAAUAAAUUGCUUCAUGAAAUGGAAAAGUCGCUAAGUCAAUUUGGUACGAUAUCGGGAUCGACAACAUUUCCUGGUCAGUGUUCAUUGCAUGAAACUGAUACAUCAAGUGUACAUACAGAAACGCGAUUAUUGCUAACAACAUGCGAUGUUAACGGGAAAUUUCGUACUAAUGGCGGCGAUCCAGUUAAAGCUGAAGUGGUUAAAAAAAGAGAUAAGGAAGAUAUGGUUUCUUCGGAAAGUCAUGCAAUUGGUGCAACAAUAAUUGAUAAUGACGAUGGAACUUAUAUUAUUACUUUUAAACCCAAUGAACCUGGGCAAUAUUCAGUUGCUGUGUCAAUUUUUGGUCGACCCGUGAAAAACAGUCCUUUUACAAUAUCGGUUAGCCAUCAUCACAGUCCUAGAUGGCAGUUCGGAUGUCAAGGGUCUGGUCCACUACAGUUAAAUCAGCCGGUGAAAAUAGCUCAGGAUUGUAAGGGCUAUAUGUAUAUAUUAGAUACAGGAAAUAACAGAAUUAAAAUAUUGGAUGGUAGCGGUCAAUAUAUCGAUGAUAUAACUGGUGAAUCGCUUAGUGGUGGCAGUACAGUCGGUCUGUCGCUUUUACCUGGUGGUGAUAUUUUAACUUUGAAUUGGAGAACAAAGUCAAUUAGCAAAUGUAAUUCAGUUGGUGAUUUAAUUCAGUCUAUGAGCUUCUCGGAAUUCAUCGAACCUAUCGAUAUUUGCGUUGAUAGCCAUGGUCGACUUUUCAUCGCCGAUACUUCGUGCGGCAAGGUAUUCGUAUUCGACUCUCAGUUUCGGCCAUUGUUCAGCUUCAAUGUCUUUGUUCAUGUAAAUUCUCCAGUCACUUGUAUUUGCAUUGGCUUGAACGAUGAUGUUCUUGUUGGAACAUGCUCAUCUCUUCUUGUUUUUGACGGAGGAGGUCGAUUCGUCCGAGAAAUUUUAUUAUCAUCAACACCUACUCAGGGACGCUUUAUGACUGCUGCAUGUGCAGUUUGCCCUGCAACUGGUAAUGUUAUUGCAGCAGUGGUAGAUUCAAAAAAAAAUCGUGCAAAUCUUGGUUCAUUUUUAUUUUCAAUGGACAGUCAUGGUUCACGCUUACGGCGUCCAUGUGGCAUAUGUGUUGGUGCUACGAGUAAAUGGGAAAAAAUGUGUUUUGUUGUUGACUCAGCCACGCAUUCAGUAAAAGCCUUCUGUUUUAAAUAA